AAAGUAUCGUCAAGAACUUCACAGGCAAAGAAUUUUAAGACCCAGAAACCCAAGACAAAGACAUAUAUUAUUAGUUUUGAUUCUCAGUUAAUUGUUCAAGAUUUUGUGUCAAAACUCGAAUGGGAGAAGGCAUGGGCAUGGAUAUGUUGCCAGAAGACUCUGUUUCCACAAUUCUGUCCUACACCUCUCCAUCAGAUGCAUGCAGAUCUUCAAUGGUGUCCUCCACCUUUCUUUCUGCGGCAGAGUCCGAUGGUGUGUGGGAGAGGUUUUUGCCGAAUGAUUACGAGGAUGUUGUCUCCAGGUUGGUCACUCCUCUGACGUUUACUAAAAAGAAGGAACUUUUUCUUCUUCUCUGCAAUCCGGUUCUCAUAGAUGCUGGCAAGAAGAGCUUCAAGUUGGAGAAACCAUCUGGCAAAAAAUCUUAUAUGCUGUCUGCAAGAGAACUUUCCAUUACAUGGAGCGACGAACCCCUGUAUUGGAGCUGGAGAUCCAUACCCGAAUCAAGGUUCUCGGAAGUGGCUGAGCUUAGAACAACAAAUUGGUUAGAAAUCCAUGGCAGAAUUAAAACUCAAAAUCUAUCACCAAAUACAACGUAUGGUGCUUAUCUUGUAUUGAAAAUUUAUGAUCGUGCAUAUGGGUUGGAUUCAAUACCAUCUGAAAUAUCAGUCUCAGUGGGUGACAAAAUAUGCAAUGGCACGGCUUAUCUGCGUCAAGGGGAUCGAAAGAAACAACAGAUGGAAUCCCUGUUUUACAUGAACCGCGUUGAGAUGUUGAGAAAGAGAGUGGGGGAAGGAGACGGCCGAGAGGUCCCAAGAGAGAGAGAUGAUGGGUGGAUGGAGAUUGAGCUGGGGGAGUUCUUUAGUGGGGAAGAUUCUGAGGAGGUGAAGAUGAGCUUGAUGGAGGUCAAGGGUUAUCAAUUGAAAGGAGGACUGGUCAUUGAAGGAAUUGAAGUAAGGCCUAAAGACCAAUGAAAUGAAGGAUUAUUUACUCUGGAUUGAGUGUAGAAAACAAGUGCUGCAGAGGGUUUAGGUAUCGGGGUGUUUGCUUUUUCAUAUUAGGUGUUUCAAUUGAUUCUUUCAUUUGUUUUUCAUGUUGAACUGAAAAUUGUGUAAUAAGAGUCUCUUCUGUGCGUGUGGACUGCAUCAAAAUUAUUUUAGGAGUAAUGCUAUGAGGUUUGGGCA